GGGAAACAAUAAACGUCAGCGGUUCAACAUGACGCGGGAAACCCGGGAAGAGAUGGAGAUGGAGACCUGUGGAGGAGCCGACGAGGGAGCGGACACUCUCUCUCCCUCGACCUUAAAACUGUACGAGACACAGUUUUUCGGCUUCACACCGGAGACCUGCAUGUUACGGAUCUACAGCGCCUUCCGGGACUCCCUGUGCGACAUUUUACCCGUCGUGGAGAAGGUGUGCGUGAGGCAGCUGAGCAAAGGCGAGUCGGACGGGGCCGAGGAGCUGCUGCGGUCCCAGGCCAGGGAGUGUAGCCGGAAGCUGCAGCAGUACCUGGAGAGGCGGUUCAAGCAGCUCGCCGAGCGGAUGGAGGUGCUGCUGGUCAACCGCUGCUUCACCGUCCCGCCCAGUGUCCUGCUGCCGGAGGACAAGUCCCACAGCAAACACACCCAGGACAUACAGGAGGUGCUGAAGCUGGAGUCGUCCCUUGCUGACGUUCAGAGGGCUUAUGAAGCUGAAGUCUGUGCCAGGCAGGCACUGCUCGCUGAGCUGGAGGAGCAGAGGGAGGUGCAGAAGCAGCUGGAUGAAAUCCUGACCUGGGUCAGAGAGCUCCAGGUGGCCUGGGUGAAAGAAGGCAAUGGCAGCUUCCAUGAAAGUUUCCGGCUGGUGAUGGAGUCCGUAAAGAACCUGCAGAAGGCUGUUGGGGAAGUCUGCAACAAGGCGCCUCAUUGAACUGAACUUACUUUUUUGAAAAUACAUUUAUAAACGGAUAUUAAGCAGACAUGAUGCAUUUAGAAGUGUAUAUGUAAAUGAUACAACAAUGAAUUGACGCUCCUUUAACUAUUGUAAGACAACAUAAACGACUUUUCCUCAAGCACAGGGCUUCAACUGAUGCAUGGAAUGGGAUACAUUAAGGUAAAGCCCACAGUAACAUUAGCUCGAUCAUCAAGUUAACUUUCCAUAAUGUAAUGUAAAUAAUAAAGUUUAAAAACCUUA